CUUUCUCCAUUUCCCCCUUUCUUUCUUUCAUUCAGACAGAAAUCAAAUCACACAACCCCAGCCAAAAAACCCUAGCACUUUAAGCCUACACAACCGCCGCAAGGAGUGGCAUACUGCCGCGUCCGUCGCACUCAAAGUUCGCCAUCCGUCCGUCUAUCUAGCUUCCCUCGUGAUCCAAGUCUUCAACCCCUGUUCGCUGUUACCGAUCGCGGCUGCUUCCUCGAGCUCGGCGUCCGUCGUCUUUGUCUGCUUAGCCGCGCUUCCGUCGCCGUUUGUUUGCCGUUCACGUUCGCGUCUUCGUUCAGCUGUCGUCUUCGUUCGCCUUCUUCGCCGUUCACGUUCGCUCGGCGUUCGCUGUUCGCGUUCACUCGCCGUUCACCGUUCGAGUUCGCAUUCGUGUUCGUCUGGAAGCCACGUUGCUCUGCUUCAAACACUGCGACCAACCCGUGCGCUCCACCUAGCCGUCGAACUGCUCCCUUUUGUCGCCGCCAGAACUUGAAGUUGUUUGUUGGAAGUUAUAACCCGACUUAUCACUUUAUCACUCCUUUUCUUCCCUCCCCAUGCCAUCACUUUGCAAAGCAAUCUCCACACUCCAUUACUCCAGUCACCCACAAAUCCUAUCACCCAUUCCCCCCACAGUCCCUCACUUCUUAUUCUUCUUCUUCAAUCAUCACCACGAGCAAGCCAGUUAUGCUGUUGCACAUGACAACGCUGUGAGUCCGUCUCGCCAUCCCUAUUGCCAUAGCUAUGUCCUCUGUUCGCGCGCUCCUAUCUACUUCACUUUCCCAGUCACCGUUGUCGUCGAUGUUUCUUAAUUCCAGUCCCUCAAUGGAGAUGUUUCAGUUGUGUACUUAUAAACGACCAACUUAUGAUCAUCAAGUUUUGAGGACUUCACUUAGUUAUGCCCAAAGAAGAUUGGCAGGCAUACCCAGGAAGCACAGAAAUGCUUUGUGGGUAUCUUUUUGUCCCAACGAGGAGUUAUGUAGGCCUCAUUGUAGUUGCAAUUUGCGCUAUCAGAAUAAACAUGCCAGAGACACGGUUGCAAGAUGCGAACUUGCAGCAGCGGGAGAUAGUCACUCAUUGUCAGCGGAUCUGAAAAUGGAAUCAAAAGUUAGGGGAGCUUGUUUUUAUGCUGUCACUGCCCUUUCCGCCGUGUUUCUUUUUGUGCUGAUGCUGGUUGGACAUCCAUUUGUACUACUAUUUGAUCGUCAACGAAGAAAAUUUCAUCAUUAUGUUGCCAAAGUCUGGGCUUCACUCACAGUUGCUCCAUUUUAUAGAAUAAAAUUUGAGGGGUUGGAGAAUCUGCCACCUCCUGAUACUCCUGCUGUGUAUGUUUCCAAUCAUCAGAGUUUCCUUGACAUAUAUACUCUUCUCACUCUAGGAAGAAGCUUUAAAUUCAUAAGCAAGACUGGGAUAUUUCUCUUUCCGAUAAUUGGGUGGGCAAUGUUUCUUCUAGGCACCAUUCCUUUGAAGCGCAUGGAUAGCCGAAGCCAGAUGGAUUGUCUUAAACGAUGCAUGGAUCUUAUCAGGAAGGGAGCCUCAGUCUUUUUCUUUCCAGAGGGAACACGCAGUAAAGAUGGAAAACUAGGUGCUUUCAAGAAAGGUGCCUUCAGUAUUGCUGCCAAGACAAAUGCUCCAGUGGUACCAAUAACCCUUAUUGGAACUGGUCAAAUCAUGCCAGCUGGAAGAGAGGGUAUAGUAAACGUAGGUUGGGUAAAAGUUGUUAUUCAUAAACCUUUAGGUGGGAAAGACGCUGAAAUGUUGUGCAAAGAAGCUAGGACGACAAUCGCAAGUGUAUUGUAAUCACUCAAACCUGAGAGAUGCUAUGCACGAGUUCUUUUUCAUUUCUUCCCUGUUACAUAACUCAGCAACUUCGAGGGGAAAAUCCCAUAGCCACAUUUGCAUUUGUGGGGUCAUGAAUUAGAAACUUUAAAAGAAAUUAAAGAGGGAUUGUGAUCCCUAAUGAGAGGAUUCUGAUCCCAACCA